UGUGGUCCCCAUUCUCUUUUACUUCCGGGCGUGAAAUCGUCGACAAUGGAGAACUGGGAUGAAGCAGCGCCCGUUGUGGCAGAAUUGCCAGAAAUCAAGCUCUUUGGAAAGUGGUCCACUGAAGAUGUUCAAGUCAGCGACAUAAGUCUCACAGACUACAUUGCUGUGAAGGAGAAGUUUGCCAAGUAUCUCCCACACUCAUCUGGCCGUUACCAGGUGAAAAGGUUCCGCAAGGCACAGUGCCCAAUUGUGGAGCGCAUUUGCAACUCUCUGAUGAUGCAUGGCAGGAACAACGGCAAGAAGCUGAUGACCGUGCGUAUCGUCAAGCACGCCUUUGAGAUCAUCCACCUUCUUACAGGCGAGAACCCACUUCAAGUAUGUGUGACGGCCAUCAUCAACAGCGGCCCACGUGAGGACUCGACCCGUAUCGGUCGUGCGGGUACAGUGAGGCGCCAGGCUGUGGACGUGUCGCCCCUGCGUCGUGUCAACCAGGCCAUCUGGCUGCUGUGUACAGGCACCCGUGAGGCUUCCUUCAGGAACAUCAAGUCCAUCGCCGAGUGUCUGGCUGACGAGCUCAUCAACGCUGCCAAGGGCUCGUCCAACUCGCAUGCUAUCAAGAAGAAGGACGAGCUGGAGCGUGUUGCCAAGUCCAACCGAUAAGCUGUACUUGUGCGCUCUUUAUGUAGACUCACUACUAAAAACAAGAAAAAAGAGGUGCAAAGAAAACCAGUGUUUUGUCAUCUUUUUUUCGCAUAGUCCAACAGAUUAUCUGUACAUUCGUUAUGUUGACUGUCUACUGAAACAAGAAAAAAAAGCAAGAAA